AUGAAAGCAGCCGAGGCCAAGCAGAAGGAGCUGCAGGAAGAGGUCGCUCGGCUCACCAGGGAGUUGGAGGAGAAAGAGAAUCGCUGCGCGGCGCUUGCUGUGGAGAAAACUUCCCAGGAGAACCGCUGUGCCGCCCUUGAAGCAGACAAGGCCUCCAUGUCCUUGGAGUUAGAAUCUGUUUCUGCCCGCGUGCUUGAGCUGGAGGGGGAGAAAACUGAUCUGAUCCAGCAGCUGGAAGUGGAGAGGAGCGACCGGGUCCGCUAUGCAGAGGAAGCAGUAGAAUCCUUCAAGUCUUCUCCUGACUUCACGGUGGUCGCGAUGGAACGGAUGGAAGAUCUAACGGCUGCUUGGCUCGAAACUGAGCCUGGGGCUCAAUGGAUGGUCAAGGAGGGCACCAAAUCCUUCAAUUGUGGACUCUUCCGCGCCCAGCAGGUCUUCCGCGACAAACUGGCUCAGCUCCCCAAAGGAUUCACUCUCCCCGACCUCGGCUUUCCCCCUCCUUGCCGCUCCCUGGCCGAGUUCGACCCACGCCCUUAUUUGGACGAAGGGAGCUCAAGCGCGUCUGAAGGGGAGGAAGGAGGAGAAGAAGACGGCCCAGGCGAUCAAAAUCCGGGGACUAGCUUAGCCACAUCCAAGGCGGGUGACAACCCUAGCUCGAGCGUUUAACCUCCCCUGUAGUUCCCCCAGAUUUUUGUAAACACUUGUUGUUGUUGUUUUUUUUGAAAUGACUCAACAUUUUGAUGCAAUGCUCACACGCUACCUGAUUCGUUGGAUCCACUACGUGCUUCCUUUUUCGGCGUUUUACUCUUCUCUCUAGCUUAGCUGAUUUGCAUGUAUGUUUUAGUUUGGGCCCAACUCCUAAUUCCGGCCCGCUUGUCUGCCCAGG